GCUGAGGCGAGCUGGUCAGUGGAGUGAAUCGGUGAGCGAGUCCAGCACCAGCAGUAACCUCUCUCCUCUGCUCGUCGCCUCAUCCGCUCCGCGCCCCUCCCCCUUCCCACUUGCAGGCAUUGCCUGUUCUCCACUCCAGUUCCCCGCCGCGCCGCUCGAGGGAGGGAGAUAGGGAGAGGCGCAGCGCCCUCGCGCAUCCCCAGUCCAGUCUCCGAUUCUGUCACGGCCGGAGGAGGUGCCAGCGAGAGGCGAUAGGAGGAAUGCCGCUAUUGUGAUCUUUCAGAUCUGCCCGGCCGCGGUCGUGUUCCCUGCAAUCAAGAACCGAAAGCGAGGUUCUUGGAGCCAUGGCCGGCGGGAGGACGCACCGUGGCGGGUAGGAUCGGCUGGGUCUCUCCGAUCUUCGCCUCGCGCGCGAAUUAGGCGAGAGGCCGAGCGGCUCGUGUGUAGAGGAGGAGAGGGGGUAAGAAAUUCAAGAUCGCAAUGGCGUCGUGGGACAACCUGGGGGAGCUCUCCAACAUCGCGCAGCUCACGGGGCUGGAUGCCGUGAAGCUCAUCUCCCUCAUCGUCAAGGCAGCGUCCAUGGCGCGGAUGCACAAGCGCAACUGCCGCCGCUUCGCGCAGCACCUCAAGCUCAUCGGCGGCCUGCUGGAGCAGCUCCGGGUCUCGGAGCUCAGGAAGUACCCGGAGACGCGCGAGCCGCUGGAGCAGCUCGAGGACGCGCUCCGGCGCGGCUACCUGCUCGUCAACUCGUGCCAGGACCGCUCCUACCUCUACCUCCUCGCCAUGGGCUGGAACAUCGUCUACCAGUUCCGCAAGGCGCAGAACGAGAUCGACAACUACCUCCGCCUCGUCCCGCUCAUCACGCUCGUCGACAAUGCCCGCAUUCGGGAUCGGAUUGAGUACAUUGAGAGGGACCAAUGUGAAUAUUCUUUUGAUGAGGAAGACAAGAAAGUGCAAGAUGCUCUGUUAAAUCCUGAUCCUUGUACAAAUCCUACAAUAGUGCUCAAGAAGACUCUGUCAUGUUCCUAUCCGAACUUACCUUUCAAUGAAGCCCUUAAGAAGGAGAGUGAGAAGCUCCAAGUGGAGCUUCAAAGAUCACAAAGCAACAUGGAUCUGGGCUCAUGUGAGGUUAUUCAGCACCUGCUUGGAGUAACGAAAACUGUGGCAUGUACCAUUCCAGAGGAAGGAACAAAUGCUAAAGUUUCUGAAAAAAAGGAUUCAAAUUACAAUGAAUCCAAAGGAGAUGGUGCAAAAUCUUAUGAUGAUGAUGACUAUCCAAAGAAGCCAAAAGAUACCUGCAGCGCACCACGAUGUUCCUCACCAGUUUCAUAUGGACAUGAUCCUGUCUCAAGGAGAGGAUACAGUGAUGAGUGGCAUGCAGAUUUACUUGGCUGCUGUUCAGAGCCAGCUUUGUGUUUCAAGACCUUGUUUUUUCCCUGUGGAACCUUCUCGAGAAUUGCUUCAGUGGCCAAGGACAGACCAAUGUCUUCUGGAGAGGCCUGCAAUGAUAUUAUGGCAUACUCCCUGAUAUUAUCCUGCUGCUGUUAUACUUGCUGUGUAAGGAGAAAGCUUCGUCAAAAGUUGGACAUUGCGGGAGGCUGCUGCGAUGACUUCCUUUCACAUCUGUUGUGUUGUUGCUGCGCCCUUGUUCAAGAAUGGCGGGAAGUCGAGAUUCGUGGAGCUUAUGGCGAAAAGACGAAGACUACCCCACCGCCAUGUCAAUACAUGGAGCACUGAGCAGCCAUGAUGGGAGACCUGGACUUCUGUAAAGAUAUUGACAAAAAAUAUUCUAAUAUUGUACUGCCAGAGUAGUGAUACGACAAUAUGUUCUGUGCUGUAUUUAUGUUUACUGUCCAUUGUCCUCCUGGUACUUCGAUGGUUCUGUAUCUAUGCUUACUAGUAUAUGUUGGGGCAUAGCCGCACAGUAUGUACUUUGUAAACACACCAGUUACAGGCCUGUUAGAGCCUAAUAUCGGUUAACAUCGUCAGUUCUUGCCAA